AUGAUUUCUGAGCUGAAAAGAUCCCUUACCGAGAAGGAUUCUGAGCUCAACUCUCUUGCCACUGAUUUGGUUAGUCGCAAAGAUGCCUUCUUUAGUCUUGAGCGUAAGAAUGCUGACAUCUCCCUUAGCUAUGACAAGCUCCUGACUAGAUUUCACGCAUACCACAAGUCCACAGAGAAAUCCAAGUCUGAAGCCAUCAUAGACGCGUACAAGUUGGGCUAUCUGCACUGUGCGGAUGAGACUACUCCCUUGUAUGCGAUUGACGAUGUAGACAUCGAGACACUCUGCCUUGAUUCACCCCGUGCGGAAGGAGGAAUUGAAGAGCAAGAAGUUGGAGAGGAUGGAGGGGAGGUGGACACAGUAGAUGAGAUGAUGGCAGAUGAGGCUGCUGAAGGCAUAGCUGAUCAGGUGGACGCCGAAGAGGCUGCGACUCAGAGGUCUCCUGCUGGCGCCUCAGAGUAG